AUGUCAGAAAAAUUAGGUUUCGAGGAGCUCCGGUUGAAGUAUAAGGAUGUAUUGUCUAAAGCAUUCACUACAAACAACAUUGAUCUCUUAGAUUCUUUCUCAAGAAAUACUAAUGAAGUUGAUCGCAAAGCUGCUAUGGAUCAAGCAUUUCGAGAUAAACUUUUGGAGCUUCUUGUUGAGAAUCCAGACAUCUUAGAAAACUAUGUUUGUUUUUGCAUUGAAUCGUGUAGAAGGCAUAUGGUGACACCCACCAUGCCAGUCGUACUUCUAGGGGAUAUAUUCGAUGCCUUAACGUUAAAUAAAUGCGAAAAAAUGUUUGCGUAUGUAGAGAAUGGGGUGAACAUAUGGAAAGAAGAGUUAUUUUUCGUUGCUUGCAAAAACAACUUGCUUAGAAUGUGCAACGAUUUGUUACGACGUUUAUCGCGUUCGCAAAAUACCGUAUUUUGUGGAAGAAUUCUUUUAUUUUUAGCAAAGUUUUUCCCAUUCUCUGAGAGAUCGGGGCUAAAUAUUGUUUCUGAAUUUAACUUAGAAAAUAUCACAGAAUUUGGAGGAGAUAAUUCAAGUACUUUGAAAGACUCCCUAGAUGAAGAAAUGGUAGUUGAUGGUGAAAAAACUAAAUUGUCUAUAGAUUAUAACUUGUAUUGCCGUUUUUGGAGUCUACAAGACUUCUUCAGAAACCCAAACACAUGUUACAAUAAAAUUCAGUGGAAGACUUUUGUAGCUCAUUCAGGUAGUGUACUCUCGGCAUUCUCGUCUUACAAAUUAGAAGCUGUGGAACUACAAAAGUCUAACCUAAAUAGGCUGAAGCCUGUCAAUUCUGAUGUUGAUAUGCAAGGAUCUAAUAAGGAACAGCACUACUUUGCCAAGUUCUUAACCAAUCAGAAACUCCUUGAAUUGCAAUUAUCAGAUUCUAACUUCAGAAGAUGUGUCCUCAUACAGUUUUUGAUAUUGUUUCAAUAUUUAACAUCAGCUGUUAAAUUUAAAAUGGAGACCCAAGAACUUAAAUCAGAUCAAACUGAGUGGGUUAAAGAGACAACAGCAUUAGUUUACCGUUUGUUGGCUGAAACACCUCCAGAUGGAAAACGUUUCGCGGAAUGCGUCAAAAGCAUAUUACGCAGGGAAGAACAUUGGAAUAGCUGGAAAAAUGAUGGGUGUCCUGAAUUUAAGAAACCCAAACCACCAGUGGCAGUGGAUUCCACAGAAGAAGUAAAGAAGUCAAGGAAGCGAAGGAAACCUGUGGGCGACAUAAUUAAAGAAUAUGAAGCUCAAGACAAAUUCUACAUGGGCAAUAAUGAGUUGACCAAAUUAUGGAAUCUGUGCCCUGAUAACCUAGUAGCAUGUCGCACCAAGGAGAGAGAUUUCAUGCCAUCAUUAGCAUGGACAAACACUAAAGUGGCCCUUCAAAUAUUGGGUGUCCACGAAAAAGCCACAAACUUACCUCCGGAAGAUAAAUCAACAGUAUUAGAUGAAGAUUUUUGGACAAUGUUGAAGCAAUGCCGCCAGAUACUGGAACCCAUUACAGAGGCUAUAAUACGUCUAGAAUCCAAUGACAAUAACUUGCACAAAGUUGUUUUAACUUUAAAAAACAUGAAAUCUAAGUUACUUUUCUGUUUGCCAGAAGUAAUAAUAGUUGAAAAUGACGUUAAAGAUAAGAUUCCAGAGAAUGUUGAUCAGAGAAUUCAAAUGUGCCUCAAGCCCAUACAUUAUGCGGCAUACUUAUUAGACCCUGCUGAACAAGGAGCAGAGCUUUAUCAGAAUCAAAAUUUAGAAGCUAUGGGAUUCAUUUCCGAGGUAGAACAAAGCAUUGGAUUAACCGUGACUCCAAAUUUAGCGUCCUACAGACCAAGAUCGGACUUUUGGAGCCGAAGAUUUUUAUGGGUAAAUGUAAAGGAAAUAAAACCAACAACUUGGUGGAGCGGCUUAUGCGCGUCUACUGCGUUAUGCAAAGUGGCUGUGCGAAUCCUCAUAGCACCUUGCACUUCUGCAGUUGAACGGCCAUUUUCUACACACAGCCACAUUCACAAUAAAAAAGAAACCGGCUGA